AUGCUGAAUCUAUCGCUACCCUUCCAUAAUAAUAACCGACACAGCGCGGGCGUCUCGCCCGCGCAGACCGUAGUCACCUUCACGGACGCCGCCGUCGGCGGCGCCGACAAGAAGGACGCCAACGUCGUCCAGGUGACGGAGUCGUCCUCCUCCGGCUCGCGCACACAGCACUACGAGGCGGAAAAGGACGACGCCAUCCGCAUGGAGAAGAUCUCCAAGAACCUGUCUGCGUCGUCCAACGGCACCGUUCGCGAGGAACUCGACCUGGAAAAGUCGCCCUCCGCGGACGGAGACGCCGGUCCGCCGCGCCUGAAGCAAGGUCUGCAGUCGCGUCACGUGCAACUGAUCGCACUGGGUGGCGCUAUCGGGACCGGGCUACUGGUCGGGACCUCGUCCACGCUGCAUACAUGCGGCCCCGCGGGGCUGUUCAUUUCGUACAUCAUUAUCUCCGCGGUGAUCUACCCGAUCAUGUGCGCACUGGGCGAGAUGGUGUGCUUCCUGCCCGGGGACGGCUCCGACAGUGCCGGGUCUUCUGCCAAUCUGGUCACUCGGUACGUGGACGCGUCGCUGGGAUUCGCUACUGGCUGGAAUUACUACUACUGUUACGUGAUCUUGGUGGCCGCCGAGUGUACGGCGGCCUCCGGGGUUGUCGAGUACUGGACUACCUCCGUCCCCAAGGGGGUCUGGAUCACCAUCUUCCUGCUUGUUGUCGUGCUGUUGAACUUCUCCGCCGUCAAAGUAUACGGUGAGUCCGAGUUUUGGUUUGCGUCCAUCAAGAUCCUGUGUAUCGUGGGACUGAUUAUUCUUUCGUUCAUCCUGUUCUGGGGUGGUGGGCCGAAGCAUGAUCGUCUCGGGUUCCGCUACUGGCAACACCCGGGGUCCUUCGCGCACCAUCUCACGGGCGGCUCGCUGGGGAACUUCACGGACAUCUACACCGGGAUCAUCAAGGGCGCCUUCGCGUUCAUUCUGGGCCCGGAGCUGGUGUGCAUGACUUCGGCCGAGUGUGCGGACCAACGCCGCAAUAUCGCCAAGGCGUCGCGCCGUUUUGUGUGGAGGCUGAUCUUCUUCUACGUGCUGGGCACGUUGGCCAUCACCGUGAUUGUGCCCUACAACGAUCCAUCUUUGGUCAAUGCGCUGGCGCAGGGCAAGCCCGGCGCCGGGUCUUCGCCCUACGUGAUCGGGAUCCAGAACGCCGGUAUUAAGGUUCUCCCCCACAUCAUCAACGGGUGCAUUCUGACCAGUGCGUGGUCUGCUGCAAACGCCUUUAUGUUUGCAAGCACUAGAUCGCUGCUGACCAUGGCGCAGACGGGCCAGGCGCCCAAGUGCCUCGGUAAAAUCAACCGGUUCGGUGUUCCGUACGUGGCCGUGGGCGUGUCAUUCUUGUGCUCGUGCCUGGCGUAUUUGAACGUGUCUUCGUCCACUGCGGACGUGUUCAACUGGUUCUCCAACAUCAGCACCAUCUCUGGGUUUCUGGGCUGGAUCUGCGGGUGCAUCGCGUACCUGAGAUUCCGCAAGGCCAUCUUCUACAACAACAUGUACGAAAGACUGCCCUUCAAGACCUGGGGCCAGCCGUACACCGUUUGGUUCUCGCUCACGAUCGUGUCCAUCAUCACCAUCACCAACGGGUACGCCAUCUUCAUCCCCAAGUACUGGAAAGUGGCCGACUUUAUCGCCGCCUACAUCACCCUGCCCAUCUUCCUCGUGCUGUGGUUGGGCCACAAGCUCUACACCAGGACCUGGAACCACUGGUGGCACUCGGUGUCCGAGAUCGACGUUACCACGGGCCUGGUCGAAAUCGAAGAGAAAUCAAGAGACCUCGAAGAAAUGAGACUGCCUCCCUCCACUUUCAGGGAGAAGUUCAUGGACGCGCUGUUGUAA